CUAAAGCUAGAUUAUUAGCUCAAAGGUACCAAUAUGGCGGAGGCUUCCCUUGGAAGUGCGAGCCCAGUUGGCUCCUUGUCUUCUGAGGAUCACGACUUUGAUCCCACGGCAGAAAUGCUGGUCCACGACUAUGACGACGAGCGGACUCUGGAAGAAGAGGAAAUGAGGGAGGGCGCACCAAAUGUGAGCGCAGAGAUUGACGAUUUGGAAAAGGAGAGCUCUAUGCCACUAGAGGAGCUGUUGGCCAUCUACAGGUAUGAAGCCUCCGUCAGCACGGUGGGAGGUUCUAGUGUGGACAGCUCCUCUGUGGAACUGACGGACGAGCUCCCGGACAUGACACUAGAUAAAGAAGAGAUUGCUAAAGAUUUGCUGUCGGGUGACGAUGAGGAAACUCAGUCGUCAGCAGAUGACCUCACCCCCUCUGUCACAUCUCAUGAAACCACGGACUUCUUCCCCAGAACCCUCCGAUCAAACGCUAUAUACGAUGGAGACAAAGAAUCAGAAGGAGAAGAGGAUGGAAUGAGCCCUGAAGAUUCCAGAAAAGAGAUUAUGAUUGGGGCUGAAUAUCAAGCUGAAAUCCCCCCUCUGUCCUGUAAUUACGAGGAUGAAAGAGCGUAUGAAGAUGAAGAUCAGUUGCUUUGGCGACCAAAUGGGCUACCAGAGGCAAAAGUGAGUGACUUUCUGCGUGAGGCGUCACUGCUCCACUCUGACGGAGGCAAGAUGGAAGGAGACCUGGAUGGUAGUCGGGUGCGGGACAAUGAACAGGCUCUAUACGAACUCAUGAAGAGCAAUUUCAGUGUGCAAGAAGCGCUUGACCACUUUCACCGUAACGGAAGAUCUUCAAAAGAUGAAAUGAUCCCGUGGUCUGAGGAGGAGUGUCGCAACUUUGAGCAUGCGCUCCUACUGUAUGAGAAAAAUUUUCACCUCAUACAGAAACACAAGGUCACAACACGAACAGUGGCGGAGUGCGUGGCUUUUUACUACAUGUGGAAGAAGUCCGAAAGGUUCGAUUUCUUUGUUCAGCAAAACCGAUUUGGGAAGAGGAAAUACAGCAGCUACCCGGGAGUAACGGACCUGAUGGACCGGCUGGUGGAUGAGGCGGAGGGGCUGGUUGCCGAGGGCUCUGCCUCGGUCUGUUCUUCCAGCAGUGGCCGCAUGGAGCCCCCUACUGACCAGCAGAUCAACCUGCUCAACUCCAUCACUGCCAGCGACCUGUCUGCCCUGACCAGCAGUGUGGCAUCCGUCUGCAACUCCGGCGACGGGGGCGCCGGUGGCUGCCUGGACUCGUACGCCUUUCCGCCGGCGCUGGACGGCCUCCACCGCGGCCCGCUCUCCCACGAGGAGCCGCUCGGGGUGGACGGCAGCGCGGCCGACUGCCUGAACCUGCUGGACGCCGGCUUCUACCACGCCGAGCUGGGCUCGCUGGCGGUGUGCGGGCCGGGCGCGGGCGUGGUGGGGGAGGACGAGCUGGAGCGCCCCGCCGCCAAGCGCCUGAAGUUGGGCCUGGCGGCCGAGCCCUUCCUCAGCGAGGUGGGCGUGGGCGUCGGGGUGGAGUUCGAGCCCCGGCCGCACCACAUCACCAGCACCAAGAUGGCCGUCUCGGUCAGCGACUUCGGGGAGGGCGGCGGGGGCGGCUACAUGGGGGCGCACACCAACCACCUCCACCAGCACGCGGCACUACAGUCCGAGUGAGGGGGGCUCGGAGCCUGUGUGUAUCACCGUGGUAACCCUCGGUUGUCAGCCAGACAACCCAAUUUUGAGCGCUGUUCUGGUAACCGUGCCUCCCUCCUGUAUGUACAUAAGACAUUAAUUGGGAGUAAUUAUUAUGACCUAUUGUUGUUUAUAUAUGUAAAUAUGUACAUAGCAUCCUUUUUUACUAUGACAUCAGUGAUGUCUUUAUUGUAUAGAAAGAAAAAUCUUGAUUUCUCAAGAGUUGUUAUCAUAGCCAUUUAUUUUUCAGUGCUGACUCUGAAGUGUCAAAUAGUCUGACGUCCGUGAACUGUGGAGGGAGACUGAGCUGGUGGUGUGCGGAGACUCCUCCUCCUCCUCUGUUUCCCCUUCCACCAAUCAUUGUGUUUGACCCACAGUCUUCAACCAAUGACAAAGCCUCACAGCUGCUGUUAGCACCACCCCCUGAUUGUUUGGUACUGAUAGAUGUUUACAGGUACCUGGGUCCAGGCCCCCAUUGAUGUAGCCUUUUAUACUUGGGGCGGGCCAAGACUUCAUAUGAAAUGUUUUUGUCCUUCACACUGCAAAGACUAUUACGAAUGGAGCGACUCGGAAAGAGAAGGAACACUUCAUUUAGGUUUUCUCAAUAAUGCAGUCACAUUGAUUUUCAGGAAUCUACUGUUGUAAUCAGGAGAUCUUUAUCUUUUUACUUUUUUUUUUUUUUUUUUUUUGUGGCCGAACAAUAUUACGAGUUAUGUCAACUUUACUGCCAGGCCGCUCUUGGGAAUUGUGCCGAGUCAUCAACAAUGGCCACUCUAACUCUAAUUGGUAUCAUAUGUGAUAACUGACUGCAAUUAUAUAUAUUUUUUAAAUCUCAUAUUUCUUCUCCAGAGGGUUUGGGGAGGUAGUGAAAUUCUCUUCUUUUAUUCGUUUAAGAAAUAUAUUUAUUUGAGAUUUGUUUUUUCUUUCUGAUUUUCCUAAGCUGUUUUUCGCUGCUUCAGCCUGUUCAAAUUGGGGAAGAUAUGUGUAGGUGGCAUUCCUAUUUUAAUGACCCUCAUUCAACAUCAUGGACUUGGCAGCCUAUUUUUUGAAGCAUCUUUUAAAGGCUGUAAGUGGUAGACCAUACAGCCUUGUGUUCACCAUUGUGUACAUGUUCCAGUUCUUCCUCCCCUCACGUCUUAGUGCUCAACCAUCAGAAUGCGUGGUGUCUCUUAAACUUCGUCAUUACGAUGAGUCACUUGUCUGAUUGGCCGAAGCAAACUUUGCUUGUUCUCUGCAUUGGGAAGAGCACAUUUGUGUUUUUUUUUUUAAAUGAAGAGGUUUGACUUUUGUGGGGGUCACUGGAAGACUGGGGUAGGACUGAAGUUUAUUUCUGGAACAUAAACAUGUCCAAAUACACAGCAUUACACACACGUUUUAUUCAAUGUGAAAGUGUGCAUGUGUGCAAGGGGUCCGAUGAAUCCACCACCCUUUUUCACCUCUCCCCAAACUCAUCCUAUUGGAUAGACUUGAGUUUGUUUUGAGCUGCUUAGAGGUGGCGCGGUAGUGUGUAUGUACACUUCUAUGGCAAUAAUGUGUAAAAAAUGUACAGAAAUGUGUAUAGACCCUCUUGUCUUCUGUGACGUCCGGGAAAUUUCUCUUUUAAUUUUUUUAUUGGUUUCCAAUCUUGAGUAGAAGUUGGCCUUUGUCUCUUUGGGCCACUUGAGUGCUUUGUGGUUGUUGUAACUUUUUUUUUUUCCCCCUUCAUAUUUUUCCCUUUUGCUUCUGGAGUGCUGAUGGAGAAUGUUAUUUAUUUAUUUAUUUAUUCAUUCAUUCAGUUAAUUGCAGGAACGUGUGUAGAGAGAUGGAGAGCUAAAUGAGCGUAAUAUCAUUGUCCAGAGUUUUUCCCCUGUCCCUGCCUUUGUCCCUUCCACCAUCCCGAGAAGGUGUCCGACUGUGACCUAUAAUCGCAGUCUGACCCUCAUCCACCAAAACGAUGCCAUGGCAGCGCACGUGAAGUCUGCUCAGCAGACAGAAUCCUGGGAGGGCGUGUAUUGGUCGCAUGAGGCGAGUGAGAGAAGUAGAAUGUACAGUAUUAUAUGACAUUUGAAGGAGUUUACUUAACCUGUGGGUGGACUGUGGAGGCAAAAGAAUGUUCAUAUUGAAAGGAGGGCAAUUGGCAUGUUUGAUCACUUGAAUUUGCUCAAUGCCUUUUUCUUUUUUUCCGCUGGUUGUGCGAUCCAGUUGAAGUCUGUGUGAGGGUGUUUUUUUAAUUGAUUGAUUGACAGACUGAGGUGGUGUGUGUAAGUGGAUUAAGAGAUACAUGCGCUGUCCAAAGCACCCCCCCCCCCCCCCCAGCUUGUAGCGAGGGGCUAGCUUUGUCAUGUUAAGACAUUGAUGGCCUUUUUCCUUUUUUCCAAAUGUAUGUACUUGAAAGAUGUAUAUUGAUGCCAUUUUUAUUUUUUAUUUUCUUUUUGUGAAGACAAUAAAUAAGCAGAGUCAGA